UGUCGAUAAAGUCAUAUCGAUAAACUAUCGACAUUACUUGUAAUUUUAAUUUUACUUCAAAGGUUUAACGAUACCUAAAAUGAACAAAAACGCUUUUAUUCUUUAUUGUGGUUAUCCGUAACGUUGGGGCCUUGUGUUACUGUCAUUUUGACGUGUGUCAAUUAUGACAGUUUUGUAAGUUACAGAUGAUCGGUGUUGGCGCGAGUAAUUAUUUACUUCGUUUUAGUUAAUAAAUGGUAACUUCUUGUUUAUUUCAGUAAUAAAAUAAACAAUGAAACUACAGUGCCAAGUAGAAGUUGUAAAUAGACUACACUGUGCUUUAAAUGUAAGAAAAAGUGGAAAGUAUUUAAAAUCAACUUUAGCCAUCGGCAAGGAACCGAAGUCUGAAACGGAGUAUUUUAUAUUACAUUUCUCAUCAGUUAAUAAAACUGGAACAAAGUACAGGGUCAAAAGUAUAAAGCAAGUGUUCGUAAAAUGUUUAAAUGAGGGUAAAGCUACGAUAAGAUUUGAGGAGCCUCCGCACGAUUUGUGCAUCAAAAGUGAGACGAUACAAUUGAAAUGUUUUAUGCGGAUACUCAAGUCGUGUAUAACAGGAGAUGCAAAGGACCUACAGCUUGGUACUUUGUCAAGCAUAAGUGUGACUUCUAAGGACAAUGCACCCACAAAACUUGUUAUUCACGACCGUAGUGAAUUCCCUGUGAAAGGUCUUCCGAGAACAUUAGAAUCUCUGCAUAUAAAUGGGCUUGGUUUGUGUAACUUUAGAAGAGAUAUAUUGUUGCUCAAGCUUCUUACAGUACUUGAUUUAAGUAACAAUGAAAUUGAUAAGAUACCUCCAGAGUUUGGUAGAAUGCCUAACUUAUGUGAGCUGUACUUGGCCAGUAACAAACUAGGGACCCAGAAGGAAACAAAUUGGAAAUGGUUAUUUGGACCUCAGAUAACCAAAUCUCUGAAACUAUUGGACCUUAGCAGCAACCAGCUGACGCAGCUACCAAAGGCAAUUUGGAAACUACAAAAACUAGUAACUCUCAAACUGGAUAAUAAUCAGCUGGAAAAACUACCAGGACCUAUUGGGCGAAUUAGCACGUUAAGGUACUUAACCAUAUCAAGGAACACACUGAGCUCCCUACCUUGCAGUCUAAUGCAAUGUAAUUUGGAAUACUUGGACAUCUCCGCUAACAAUUUCAAUCAUCACAUAGAAAACCCAGAAUUCAAGCAGCACUCACCGUGGGACUUCUAUGUCGGCAGUUUAGUACAUUUAGCGUCAAAAGUGGUGUUGAAACAUAGAAUGUUCUAUGCACCUAAUAUAAUACCAUGGACUCUUGUCGAAUUUAUGGACAAUGCAAAUAUGUGUGUGUGUGGAAUGCCUGUAGUAAAUGACAUGUAUUUUAGGAAUAAGGAGUAUGAGCUUAAAGACUUUUUCAGAGUUGUGGUGUUUGACAAUAACAGGGCCAGUACUGUUGCAUUUGAGUGUUACUAUUGUUCUCCUAGGUGUUUUAGCAGAUAAUUGACUGAUUAAAUUUAGCUUUUUAAUACAAGUUUUUUUUUAAGCCCAGCAAAAGAUAAACCAGUUUAUAUAGAUAUCCAAAUUGAGCUUAAAUUAACUACCUUUGGUGAAAAUGAAAUGUUAUGGUACCAUCAGGCUGGCCUGAUGAUGGAACCCGAAGGAGACCAAUGAUUGGCCAGUAGGAACUGUAAUAGUGAUAAACCACGCUUUCAUUGACUUUGGGCUUGUUAUAAUGGUCUUAAAGAUAACUGUUUGAAGAAAAGUACAGUUAAUAAAAGCUUGUAUUGAAAUCUUUAUAAACUUUAUUAACUUAUUUAUUAAAUACAUUUUGAAUGAAUUCACAGUA